AUGCCUACCGUCCCAGUCAUCAGCUUCUGCACCGUCGGUCAACUGGGCUUUUGGAAGACAGCCAUUCACGAGAUGAAAGAGACCUACCCACCACUCCGCACCGGUGCGCCUCGCCGCGCGCCAACCUAUAUGCCUCCAUUCCUGCCCGCCAAAGAGGCAAUGGAUGAAAUGUAUCGUUUCCAGUCGGCUGUAUAUCAGAGCAUCGCGUGGCUGCGUGAUCACGCGACUGAUGCUGAAGGUAUCAUGGUUCUGCGAGUUAUCGAGUCGCUCGCAGAAGGCCAGCGAAUUGAGACCCGUCGUAUCCAGCACAGGAUCUGGAUACUCCAUCCGGCACGCAUGCAUCGUGAGUUUCGAGAUGGAAACUUUCAUUUUGUCGAUGGAGAGCCUGUCAUGGGCCCCGACCCUAAUGCCAAUGCUGGUGCCAAUGCUGGUGCAAAUGCUGGGGGUAAUGCUGCCGGAAAUGCUGGUGAUAACUGA